UUGGUAAAGCUAAGAAUAAAGAACGUGUAAAAGAGAAUCUUUUGAGACUACUUGCUAAUUUGAACAUUAGUACUGCUCCUUGUACGGUUGAAAGAAUUUGAAAGAACUGGAGGAACAUCAGAAUAAAAUUAGAGAAUCAUUGAUUCAAGUCAAAACCGAAACUGAAUUUGAGAGUAAAGUUCUGCUUAUAAUGAGUGAUAUUGAACAAAAUGUAAAGAAACUAAACACAGAAAAUGAAGCAAAGCAGCUGAGUAAUAUUCCAAGUGAAAAGGCAAAACAGGUUUACAUGAAUUGGACAAAUAAGUUGAAACAACAUGGCAAACUUCACAUGAGCGAUCAAGAUGCAGCUCGAAAACUCAUAACAUAUUCAAAGCAUUUAAAGAUGUAUCAUUGUUUACUGGAUUUGAAGAACCUCAUUCCACAAGCAAUGUUAAAAACAAACGAAAUGGUGGAUUUUGUGCAAAAUGGAUCGGAAAAUAUUGAGUUGGAAAAGAAAAAUGAGGAAUUGCUAAAGAUGUCAUCAAAUAUUGAAUUGCCGAUGAUUGAAAGGUUGGUCAAUAUUUUGACUGAUGAGUUUAAGAAAAAUUCAGAAGCUCGGUAUAUUAUAUUUGUUAAAAUGAGAUUGACAGCUUCAGGCUUGGAAGAAUGCUUCAUGAACAAUAACGAACUCAAGCAUCUGAACCCAAAAUAUUUGAUUGGAACACAUGCUAAUAAACAAUCGGAAGCAAUGACGAAAGAUAGUCAAGAGAGUGUCUUGAAAUCGUUUCGAGAGGGUGUUACAAAAGUGCUUAUUGCAACAUCAGUUGCUGAAGAGGGACUAGAUAUACCAGCAUGUAACCUGGUUAUCAUGUUUAAUUAUGUAACUGGUGAAGUUGGAAGGAUUCAAAGGAAAGGUCGUGGUAGAGCUGUAGAUAGUCGCGCAAUUGUCAUAACAUCACAAGAAAGUGAUCACCUGAGAAAAGAAGAAGACAAUAAAAUUUGUUCCGAAGCUUCUGAUAUAGCAAUUCAAGAUGUAAAAAAUAUGACAGAGGAGAAAUUAAAAAUGCAGAUUACUGACAUUCAAAAAAAACAAAGAGAAGAUAGAGAUAUAAAAAGAAAGAUGGCAAAUAAGUCAAGCAAAACUAAAGAAUCUCCUUCAAAAUGGAAAGUACUUUGUGGGGAUUGUGGAUCAUUCAUUACAUCUGCAGACAAACUUCGCCAUAUAGAUAAUACACAUACUGUGGUGAUGGAUGAAAAGUUUCAUGGCCGGAUGAAAAAACAGGCAAUGGAUAUGAAAAAGGGGCCUACUAUUCGAGGAAAAGGAAAUUUUCUUUGCUACAAUCCGAAAUGCGGUAUAAAGAUAGCAUUGAACCUUGUACAUAAGAAGACACUUUUUCCAACACUCUCUAUAAAGAAGAUAAAGUUGCAAAGAGAUGAUGGCAAAGUGGAGAUUCCUGGAAAAAGAAGUAACUUGCCUUUUGCCAUAAACAAAAGUGUCCAUGAAGCAGAUGAUGAAGAAAUGCAGAAAUCAUUUGAUGACAAUCCGGAGGAUGGAGAUGAAGAGAUGUUGGAUGAAGAUUCUCUUCUGUAUGAUGAAGAUGAUACUUAUGAACUUUUAGAACUGAUCUAAAACAAUUAAUAUGAUAUAACCCAAUCCUAUUGUAGAUGUUUCAUAGUUUAGCAUCUAUUUGAUACGAUUCAUCUGCAAAUCUGAUGUAUAUUUUUGUUUGCAAAAUUUGUAAUAAUAUUUGUCGGUAGAGUAAAUUAAUUAUUAGGUUGUAAUUUGAUAUUAGUAAAUACUUUUAAAUGUACUAUAUCUAAUUUUUUUAGUCUCCCUAUUGUUAUCAGUCAAAUCGAGUUUAAGUCUGAGGUGUUUUGAAUAUCAUUUGAUUAUGCUUGUGUUGUCUAAUGUUGAUUCAUAUUAUAGAUAUGUAAUUUAUAUAAAAAUAAGAAAAUUGAAUGGUUCAAAGUUUAUCAUUCCAUUUCAACAAUGAAUAAAAUGAUUGCUAUCGAAUAAACUACAAUCAGUGAACCUGUGAUGUUUUCUAGCCACUGUUAUAAUUUCUUUGCACUAUUUUGAUUCAGGCACAUUUUUAUUUCAUUAUUCUUUGAAAAUGAUAUGCAUUACAAUAUUGCAUUAUGCUAUGCAGCCUUUUUCUCAAAAUGAUGUUUUCAUAUUAUUUUUUAAUUUUGUGAAUGAAAAUAUUUAUCAUUAACAACUGAACUCAUCUGUGCUAUGAUAUAUUUAAUGCUUGAACAGAUCAACAGAAUGAAUUGAUUUUUUUUAUAUGCUUUACAGUAAUCUGAAAGUUAUGUUAUAUGCAUCUCAAGAAACAAUUCUUCAUUUGUACAUCAUAGUGUGGUUAAUACACUCACUCCAACUGUGUCUUUGUUAGUUUUUGUAUGUAUUGAAAACUAGUUCGAUGUUGAUUCUUUUGCUUAAUAUGCUGGUAUUACUUAAAAUUCUGAUUUUAUGCAGUUUUCAGUAAUUUUCUAACUCAACUUUGAAGUAAAUUUCUCUUUUUAUAUUUGUGAUUGUAAGUUUUUUGAAUGGAUGUCCAUUAGAUGAAUAUAUUUUAGGUUUGUUACUUACAGGUAGAUUUAUAUGGGUCAUUUUAGAAAGAUUGUACAGCUCAUUAUCAAGCACUGUUAGAUUUUAUUUUAUAUUCGUAUUGAUGAAAUGAAUGGGGUCAUGAUUUUUAAGGCCAUAUAUUAUAGUUUUUAUUCUAGUAGAACAGUGGUUCUCAAAUCUCAAUUUUUUGAGAGGGCGUGGAGCUAAUUAAAAAUCAAAAUAUUUGGAACUCACCAACCUUAUUUCGGAUAUUCACAUUUCUUUGUUUGGAUAUUUACGUUCCAUCCACAUAUUUCCAAAAUGUUUUUUGAAUAAAACAUACUUUCGCCUUAGUAUCUGUUAUUUGUAGCUUAUUGUUACCUACCGGUAUUUAUUUUCGAGGUUGGGCGUGAGACUUGACAAAAUCUAAAAAUAGGGCCCGGCUUAAAAAGUUUGAGAACCACUGUAGUAGAAGAUUGCUCCGUGUGCAUGAGUUAGUCAAGUAUAUAUUAAAAUUCUUCAUUUAAAGUCUGUAGUUCAAAUAUUAUAUCACUAUGUAUUCAUAUAUCUUGAACUUUUUUAUGGAGAGUCACUAAGAAUGUUUUAAUAUAAGUUUCUGAAAUAGCCCAAUUUCGUUGUUAUGAAUCGCCAUAUAUUAAUAUCCUAGUUUUUGAAACAGAAUUGUUUAUGUACUAAUUAGUACAGGCUGAUCACUAGAAAUACAGAAAAUUUGUCAAACAGAUAUAUAUUUUUACAAAGAAUAACUUUUACAAAGUUUUUUAAAGGCAUAUGUUAUAUUCCUUUCAAUUCUGAAAGCUGUUUCCUGCCUUCUUUCCGUGAGACAGGUGUCAAAAUAGAAAUCAAAUAGAACUUAUAAGGUAUCAACCUGAAACAACCUAGAACCUAAUAGAAAUGAAAACGUAUCGAAAAAGAAAUGAGUAAGCACACAUUUUAUUUGUAAUCUCAUCUGACCUUCAAAUUUUUUGCUUUGCUAGUGACCACCCUGUAUUUAGGCAGUAAUGUAUUUUAUAUAUGGAUUUAUUUCUUAGAAUCUAUUACAAUUUUAGAAACAAUUACAUUGUGAUUAUAAAUAAAUUAAAUCAGUAAUAUAUGUACUACUUGAAUUUUUUUUGAUAGUUUUUACCAAUUACCCAACCCAA